AUGCAGAUAUUCGUUAAGACCCUUACCGGCAAGACCAUCACUCUUGAGGUGGAGUCUUCCGACACAAUAGACAACGUCAAAGCUAAAAUCCAGGACAAGGAGGGCAUCCCCCCAGACCAACAAAGACUCAUAUUCGCUGGGAAACAACUGGAGGACGGCCGAACUCUUUCCGAUUACAACAUCCAAAAAGAAAGCACCUUACAUUUGGUUCUGAGGCUGCGAGGAGGCGGCAAGCCUAGAUGCACAUUUGAAGGCUGCACAGCUUUCCAACAGCGGAUAAUCGGAGAUUGCAGCUUCUGCAAUGGCCACUUUUGCGGCAAGCACCGACUGCUUGAGAGCCACCAUUGUCCAAAUUUAGAAGAUUGUCGCAAGCAGUCUCACGAGCGUAACGCCGAACAAUUAAACUCCCAGCGGACAGAAACAAGCCGAGUUACGAAAGUCAACUAG